AUGCAGUCUCACGCACCUCCAGAGUAUGAUGACACGCCUCCAAGAUAUGAUGCCAGCCAAGCCUCACAAAACAAUCCGUCCUGGCCGUAUCGCCCUUUCCCUCCGGUGGUGAAUGCUUACUACAAGAUGAAAGCGACAUUCACGUUCCAUCUCGGCGACGAAAGCGACCGCGAGAUGUUCGCCGUCAGAGCACACACAGGUCUGGCAGGCGGCGGACCGGGCAGACCGGGAAUCACAAUACACAACGGACCUACCGACAAACACCCGUUGCUCGCUGCGGCCGGGCAGGAAGGCGGACUCAGCCCCUACAGCGUCAUCUCGCUGCCGCCGUUCCCGGGGUCUUCCGACAACCUCAGCACCGAGACUAUGCGCGCCGCCAUGAGGAGGGCCUGUCUCACGUACCGGUUCACCAUUGAAGUGGGCGAGAGCCCGGCGUGGCAGCGACAGGAGUUUGAGUGGCGGAAGUGCGAGGGCGGCGAGGGGAACGAACUCUUCGACUCCCCAUUCACGUGCUGGUUCAAGCUCGUGAAACGGUCUGAGCAGGGUGGUGCUGCUGCUGAGAGUAAAGCUCUGGACGAGGGUGGUCAUAUUGGCCCGAAUAGUCAGGGCGACGUGGUGGUCGCAGCGCUGGGGUGGCAUGGGACCUGGACGAUGACGCCGUUUAGACUACAGUUCAUGGGCACUGGGCUGACGGGUGUGUUCGGGCGGCGGUGGGCGCUGAUGGUGAUUGCCACGGCUCUGAGACUCUGGACACUCAAGUACCAAAAGACGAGGUUCGGUACUGAGUUUGUCUCUUGA